ACAGUUGUGGCGGCCAACGCCCUGCGUUUGGAGUCGGUGCAGCUAUAUAAGCCGCCCGUUGGCCACUCCACAGCAUUCGACGCACACGUCUCUGUCAACCUACGACAUGAAGUUUCUGGUGAUUAUCUUGGCCGCCUGCGUGGCAGUUGCUUGCAGCCAGGAGACGCGAGAGAAGCGCGGCCUCCUGGGGGCGGGAGUGCUGGCCUCCCCCGGCGCUGUGCUGGCACCGCGCGUCCUCGCCGCCCCCGCCAUAGCCGCCGCCCCCAUCGUCGCCGCUCCCGCAAUCGCCCACGCCCCUCUCGGCGUGGGGCUGGGCUUGGCUCACCCCAUCAUCGGCUGAACAGCUUCUUACUAAUCUGUACGUGUCUUUGUGUACUGCGUGUGUAUAAAUAAACUCUCUGUAGCCUUA